UCAUCUGAUACCUCUCUAUUCAUCAAAGAACAUCCUUGAGUAAAACACAUAUCAUUCACCAUGCAGUUCAGCUCCGUUCUCGUCUCUAUCGCUGUCCUUGUCGCAGCUCCUCUUGCUGCCGCCGACAAUUGCAAUGCGCCUCUUAACUACUGCGGCUCCAGCCUGCUGAAGAAGGGGAGAUACAACGACCAGAUCCUUCAGGCUCUGCUCGUCGCUGGUCAGCCAACUGACUACAACCACAUCAACUACUCCAUCUUCAACUGCCUCGGCGGCGAGGGCGGUGCCAUCAAGUUUGUCACCUUCUGCGGGGGCAGCUGCAAGGAUAACGGCCAGGGCAAGAGCGACACUUGUUAAGCUCCUUACUUUGGUUCUGGGGUUUGGCGGUCUUGGGCCCUGGACGGAGAACCAGAACACACGAACACGUCAAGUUCAGAUACAUUGACUGAUUACACCUUUUGAGAGAAAUUGGAAAUCCCCG